CUGACCACUCGCGCGCAUAUCCUCCCCGGCGACUGACCCAAAGGCCUCUUCUUCUACCUGCAUCGAGACUGAAAGCUCGACAUGACACAAUAACAGACCCAAAGAAGCCAUUGUUUUGGGGUUGACGCGUGAACGGCAAAGCUGUUGAAAUGGGAAUCUCGGGACUACUCCCGUUGCUCAAAUCAAUUCACAAGCCAUGCAACCUCAAGAAGUUUUCCGGCCAGACCAUUGGCGUGGAUGCCUAUGGCUGGCUCCAUCGGGGCACGGCCGCGUGCGCCAUUGAUCUGGCCCUUGACAAGCCGACGACCAAAUAUGUCGACUUCGCUAUGAACCGUGUCCGAAUGCUCGUCCACUUCGGCAUAAUCCCGUACCUCGUCUUCGACGGAGACUACCUACCCAGCAAAGCAGGUACGGAGAAAGAGAGAGCGGAGCGACGGAGGGAGAGCAAGAGACUAGGUCUAGAGCUACUAAGGGUCGGCAAGACAUCGCAGGCUCAUCUCGAGCUACAGAAGGCCGUCGACGUCACACCAGAGAUGGCCCGCAUGCUGAUCGAGGAGCUGAAGCGCCACAACAUUCAGUACAUAGUGGCCCCGUACGAAGCCGACUCACAGUUAGCGUACCUGGAGCGCAAGGGCGUCAUAAACGGCAUACUAUCUGAAGAUUCGGACCUUCUGGUGUUCGGCGCGAAAUGUCUCAUCACGAAGCUGGACAAGUACGGCGAGUGCGUGGAGAUCAACCGCAACCAUUUCACGGCUUGCAGAGAGAUAAGUUUGGUGGGUUGGACAGACGCAGACUUCAGGCGAAUGGCUAUGCUGAGCGGCUGCGACUACCUCCCUGGCAUUGGCAACAUGGGCCUAAAGACGGCUUACCGAAUGUUGCGAAAGCACAAAACCACCGAGCGACUCCUCAAGGCUGCGCAGUUUGAUGGGAAAUUCAAGGUCCCUCCAGGGUAUAUCGACGCAUUCUAUCAAGCAGAGAAGACCUUCCUCUAUCAAUGGGUCUUCUGUCCCCUUUUAAAUCAGCUGGUCAACUUGACGGCUCUGGAUGCUGACGAGGAUAUUGCCGAAAUCCCAUUCAUCGGGGAGGAGGUGCCUUCGCACGUUGCUAUUGGCGUCGCCCGAGGAGAUCUGCAUCCGCACACGAAGAAACCUAUUAUGGUUGAGGCAAAGGCGCAAUCGAACUUCAAGCCCCUGAGGCCCUCAAGGACCGUUUCAUCGAACGUCCAGACGCCGGAUCUAAAGCAGUCGAAGCCCAUUGAUUCUUUCUUCAAGCCGAAGCGCAUGCCUCUCGCUGAAUUAGACCCGAAUAGCUUCACACCGUCACCGAGUCAGCAGUCACUGUUGCAGCAACAGCAGAACAGUGCCGGCUGGGAAGCAGUUCCUGCCCCGCAAUCCCUCUCACAACAACGGUCGGCUCAUGCAAGGACCGCGCCUCAGCCUGCGAGACGGGCGAUCUCUGAUUCGAUCACAGCGCGACAGUCUGCUCCAAACCCCUCAAAGAGGCAACGGUUAUGCUCAGACUCAGCUUUUGAUACCCCGGAAAUGGGCAAUAAUGGAAUCACGCGAAGCCGAUUCUUCGCUGAUUCUGUACCGGAUCCGAGCCCAUCGCUCCGCACAAACAGGAAGCAUAGGAAGAAGUCGGUGCAGGACUUUGAGCUGUAUUCGGAUGAUUCUAUCGGAGAGGCUUUGGCAGAGAUUGUCGACUUGGAGGAAGUUGUCUCGCAACCCAAGAAGAAGCUGAAGAUCUUCAAAGACGAUUUUCGAUGCAGCAUGACCAGCGACUCGCAGUCGACGGCCGCCUCAAGAAGUAGCACAGAGCAGUCGGCACAAUCGCAAGACUCUGGCAUCCUUACACCUGCUUCCUCGCACGUCAGCCCAGAGCCGGAGACCUUGUUCAGCGCGGCACUGUCCAAGCAAGUCCAUCAAGACCUUCGCUCGAGGUUCUCUUACAGCUCGAAGGCUAUGUCGUCGUCCGCUGUGUCAGACACUGCGAAUCUAAAUCCUAAUCGUCCUCCGGCACUAUCUAAGCGCGUGUCAUCUGUCGGCAGACCUGCAUCAGUAGCAAACGAAUCACGGCAAGCAUUACCGGAGGCAGCACCCUCGAAUGAAUCAUUACCUGAAACGCACGACGAUCUUAUUGAAGACUCGGCGUGGGCGGCUCUGGAAGCUGAAGUGGUAGUUGCAGCAAGCAGCCCACCACCUGAGCCGACCAUAAUGAAACCGAGAGAAGCGAAGGGGAGUGAGGAUCUGCUCGUGCCUGACAGCGAUGCAGAAAGCACUUGUUCGCCACGCAAACCAUUGUUGAGCCUCGGACGGUUUGCGUUCUUUGGUUAGUCUUAGCGUUGUAUCUAUCUGGCGCAUCUUUAUUUGGACAUUUAGGAGUUGUAUGGCGGCCGAAAGGGGCGAUAUUCUAUCAGCGUUCCUGCGGCGGUUGUUAUUUCACGAAGCGCAUAUUAUUGAUGCGUUGCAGCACAUUGGCGCUAUAGGAGCGCGCACUGAUGCUUUAGGAAAGCGUUUGCGCAAUGG